AUGACAGCGUAUGCGGCCCCCAAUGCCAAUGUCCUCAUUCAGGCAAUGCAAACUUAUCUGCAAACGACUGUGGUGCUACCAAGGUCUGCAAUCAAGUCGGCCAUCGUUGGAGAAACUGGCCUGGCUCUUCCGCAUUCGGAUCCCGUUCAGUUCGAGCGGGCGGAUCUCGGCAAGUUAACAAUAAACGUAUAUUCUGCAUCUUUUGAUUUUUUUCAGUUAGUUUGUUUUGCAUUGUUUGACUCCCAACACGGUUUUUUUGACGACUUCCAAGCUGACCUUGCCGGUCGCGAAGGACGUCAUUCCGUCGUGUCUGGACUGGCACUAGAUAUUGCUACGAUACCCAGAAUUAGCAAAAAGAAUUUACGGAAUUUCUGUCCUCCAUUCAAACAACUUUGGCUGGGUUGUAACAUGUGGAUCCACCGGUAUUGCAGUGACUUCAAGGACGCCUUUGCGAGGGAUAACAUUGCUACCGUGCUCAGUAGCAUUCCAUUUGUGUUUUUUGUCGUCUUCGGACCAACAAUAACUAUGGGAAAUCUCUACCUGAAGGAAGUUAACUCGCUUGUCAAUCUCGAAUUGUGUAUCAUCGCCUGUGGCUUUUUCACCGCAACCUACGCCCUUCUUUCCGGGCAACCAGCGGCCACUGUUGGGCCCUCAGGCCCUUGUUUCAUAUUUGAAGCCAUUACGGCUCAGCUUUCACGGAGUCUGCAAGUUCCCUUCCCUAACUUCCGGUUUUGGAUUGGAAUCUACAUGGCACUCUUUGGCAUGAUUCUGGUCGCGCUAAAUUUCUCCAACCUGGCAAAAUAUGCUAGGAGAUCGCUGGAAGAACUCUUCAGUAGUUUCGUUGCAUUCUACUUCAUUUUGAAAGCCCUGUUUGCUUUAUUUAAGGCACGUUACUGGGUUGGAGCUUUCAACGUACCCCUGGGAAUGAUGUUUGUGACUGUCAUGGAGCGCAUCUUCUUCCGCAGCUACCACCUACCCACGCUAAAUAUACCCAAAUUCAAUGAAAUAUCAGUCUCCUCCAUCACAGCCCUGAAGCCAAAGGCCAAGAAACCUAGUCCUGUUAUAAUGGACCACAUUCUGACCAAUGUCGCCUUCCCUCUUAUCUGCGUCUUCCUCGGAUGGCCGUUUGUUUCUGGAGUACCUGUACGAACCACUGCAAACACAAUGGCCCUCGUCAAGCUGGAACCGCACCCUCCACCAGGAAAGCCAGCACAGUAA